AUUUUGGGGGGUCCUGAGGGGAUUUUUGGGGUCUCGGCGCCCCCGGCCGGGUCCCAGCGCUGUCCGCGCCCCCCCCAGGCCGCCAUGAGCCUGCAGUGGACGGCGGUGGCCACGUUCCUGUACGCCGAGGUUUUCUUGGUGCUGCUGCUCUGCGUCCCCUUCGUGUCUCCGGCCAGAUGGCAAAAAAUUUUCCGCUCCCGCCUCGUGGGCUUGGCCGUGGCUUAUGGCAACACCUUCUUCAUCGUGCUCAUCAUCAUCCUCGUGCUGCUGCUCCUCGAUGCUGUGAGGGAGACCCGUAAAUACAACGUGGGCGAGAGGGAGGCUCUGAACAGCAGCCCGGCCGCCCUGGAGCAUUUCCACAUGAAACUCUUCCGUGCCCAGAGGAACCUUUACCUGGCCGGCUUCUCCCUGCUGCUGUCCUUCCUCCUGAGGCGCCUGGUGACGCUGAUCUCGGCACAGGCCGCGCUCGGGGCCUCCAGCCAGGCCUUCCGCAAACAGGCCGAGGGCGCCAGCCAGGCCGCGCGGCAGUACCUGGAGGACAACGACGCCCUCAGGAAGCCCUGA